AUACCACAAAGAUUUACAUCUAAACUAAAAAAUUAAUUUCUCACAACCCACGCCAAGAGGUCCUAAACUAAUUUUCGCCAUACACUCUUUCAUAUUUCUUAUGAUUCAAAUUGAAAAUUAUAAAAUUUGCAUACCGAAAUAUCUUAUUAUAUCACUAAAAUUAUGUCUCUAAAAAAACAUUAUUUUAAAAAAUGUAUGGGUGAUUAAAGGUAAUUUUUUUUGAAUAUUUAUGAUUAGUUAUGGGAGUAUUAUUAAAAUAUGCAUAGGUAGUUAACCAAAACUUUUUGAAAUUUUUAUGGAUAGAGUUAUAGAGAUUUUUUAGGAAUAUUAAAAGUCAAACUAAUAAAAGGGAAUUCCCUUUUUAAUAAUAGAGAUGGGUAGUUAUAUGAAUAUUUUUGAAAUGUAUAUAUGUAAUUAUAGAGACUUUUAAAAAAAAUAUAUUAUAGGUAAAUUGUUAGAACAUUUUGAAAAUAUAAAAAAAAUGAGAGGGAAUCUCCUUUCUAGUAGUGGCGCCCGCACGGGCACUGCAUGAACCGAACCCGGUCUCGGCGUAGGAAAGUCAAACCCCAAAUUUGAAAAUGCCCCCUCCCGUUGCCUAGCGCUCAGCAUUCAGCAAUCUCACAUGAGACCCCCUUGCUCAGCUUGCUCUGCUCUGAGUCUGAUACCCACUGCCUCUCCGCACAACUUGUCCACAUUCCUCUCCUUUCUCGCUCUCCCACCCCGCGCUCUCUUUCAAUCGCUCAACCCAUUCUCUUCGACCUCUGUCCAAAAACUCAAAUGGAAUUCAAACAGCAACCUCAUCAUCACGCAUCCAACUCUUCUAGUCAUGGAAUCCUGCAGUACGAUGUCAGAAUUGAAGCAAAUUCAAGCGCAUAUGACCAGAACUGGCCUCAUCUUUCAUAUCUUCCCCGUGAGCCGGGUCUUGUCCUUCUGUGCUCUCGCCGAGUGCGGCGACAUUCGCCAUGCCCAUCUCCUCUUCACCCAGAUCGAAGAGCCAAACGUUUACAUGUGGAAUACUUUGAUAAGGGGCUACUGCAAGGCUAAAAUUCCCGUGAUGGGAUUUUCUGUGUUUCGCCAGAUGGUUAGAGAAUGUGUUGAUAUGGAUAAACGAAGCUUCGUGUUUGCGCUCAAGGCGUGUGAACGAUUUCCAAGAAUUCUAGAGGGUGAAUCAAUCCAUUCUAAGAUUUACAAGGUGGGCUUUGUUUGUCAUUUGCUGGUGCAAAAUGGUUUGAUCCAUUUUUAUGCUGAGAGUGGGUGUUUGAGUUCUGCGCGUCGAGUGUUCGAUGAAAGCUCUGCGAGAGAUGUAGUUUCUUGGACUGCAAUGAUUGAUGGGUAUGUACAAAAAAGUUCUUCUGACGAGGCAAUGAAGUUGUUUGAUUUAAUGGUGUUAAGUGAUGUUGAGCCUAAUGAGGUUACUAUGAUUACUGUGCUCUCAGCGUGCUCUCAGAAGAGGGACUUAAAUUUGGGUAAAUCUAUGCAUGAAUAUGUAGAGAAUAAUAAUGUGAAUUGUAGCCUGAAUUUAAUGAAUGCCAUGUUGGAUAUGUAUGUGAAGUGUGGUUGCUUGAGCACUGCCAGAGAGAUUUUUGACAAGAUGGACACGAAAGAUGCUUUUUCUUGGACUAGCAUGAUUAAUGGAUAUGCCAAGCAUGGUGAAUUGGUUAUUGCAAGGGAUUUUUUUGAUAAAAUGCCAGAGAGAAAUGUGGUAUCUUGGAAUGCAAUGAUUGCAGGCUAUUCACAAAAUAAUCAACCAAAAGAAGCUUUAGAACUAUUUCAUGACAUGGUAGAAGCAGGUUUGGUUCCAAUAGAGAGUACAUUGGUGUGUGUGCUCUCUGCAUGUGCUCAAUCAGGCUGCUUGGAUUUGGGUCGAUGGAUUCAUCAUUACUACGUGAACCAAAAACAGAUCCAACUAAGUGUGAUUCUAGCAAAUGCAUUUAUAGAUAUGUAUGCCAAGUGUGGGAGUAUUGAUGCAGCAGCAGAAGUCUUUUAUGUUAUGCCCAAGAAGGAUUUAGUGUCUUGGAAUGCAAUGAUUAUUGGAUAUGCUGCCCAUGGGCAUACUGAGGAGGCCUUAGCCCUUUUUGAGCAGAUGAAAAAUGUGGGAAUUAAGCCUGAUGAUAUCACAUUUGUGGGUAUCUUGUCAGCUUGUAGUCAUGGUGGGUUGGUCAUUGAUGGGCAAGAAUAUUUUGCAUGCAUGACAAGAAUUUUUGGGUUGCAGCCUAAAGUUGAACAUUAUGCUUGCAUGAUUGAUUUACUUGGCCGAAAUGGACUCCUAGAAGAAGCUUACGAGUUAGUAACAAAUAUGCCAAUGGAGCCAGAUGAAGCUGCUUGGGGUGCACUCCUUAAUGCAUGUAGGAUGCACGGGAAUGUGGAGCUGGGUAAGCUUGCUGCUAAUAAACUUCAAAACUUGGAUCCUCAAGACAGUGGUAUAUAUGUGCUCUUAGCUACUAUCUGUGCUAAUCAGAGAAGAUGGGAUGAUGUGAGGAUGGUUAGAAGUGUCAUGAGAGAGAGGGGCAUCAAGAAAACCCCUGGUCGCAGCUUUAUAGAAUUGGAGGGUGAGUUCCAUGAAUUUGGGGCUGCAGAUAAAUUGCACCCUGAAUCUGGGGAAAUUUACAAGGUACUGAAUGAUUUAAUCUUGUUGUCAAAAUUGGAAGUGAACUAAGAUAACAGUUCCCAAUUGUGUGAGCAUUCAUGAAGAUAUUAACCAUUUGUUGCCAAUUGUAUCUAUGCAACAUUCUACGAGCUGUAACUGUUUCGCAAGUUAUGACCCAUUGAAAAAACAAUUCCAAUGGGCAAUUUACUGCACACUUUGUAUAAAUUGUUCGAGGAAACCACCGUAUCAGGGCCUUUUAGCUUUCAACUGGAUGCCGAAUUUGAAAAAAAUUCAAUGUGCACUUUAAAGCCCACUUUUUCAAGGUUUUUUUUCAUCUAUGUAAGGACGCAAUGGAUGUCCUUCGUGACUAGAGCUGAUUGGGACAAUCUCACAUCACCUUUGUGGCAGUUGACUUCAUCUUAGACCCUUUUAGUGAUUGGCUUUUAUACAACAUCUCUUUUAUUGAGCACCCAACUUCCUCCAAUUUUCCUUGGGAACAUAAUCUUCAUUGUUGUCUGGCAUCUUUGGAAUAGCCAAAACAAAACUUUGUUUGACCUUGACAAUAUUCUUUCUUCAAUUCUCUUCUCUUCAUUUUGGAGUAUGCUCAGGACUAUGCUCAGGACAUUAUGGAUCUGCCAUGAGUUGGGAUGGUUGAAGAUAAACACUGAUGACUUUGUGAAAGGUAAUUUUGGCCCUGCUCAAGCCAGAGAGCUAAUCUAGGAAGAACUUAAAUUGCUAGUUAAAUGUUUGUGCAAGCCUCUCAGCUGAGCUUCAAGCUAUUCGUCCAAGGUCUUGCUCACACCAAUGAAGGUUUCAUCGAGUGAUAUGUGAAUCUGAUUUCCAGGUUGCAGUCAUGGCUAUCUGGACCAGCAACACAGCCCUUGAUUAUAAGUUGACUUUAAUUGAAGAUUGUUGAAUUUCUUGUUGAAC